GUUUGGCUGGCUUGAGGUGACGUCACGUCUUCCCCUCAGUUUUCGCUCGGCCGCCUCAGGCGACACAUACGCCGCAGAGCCGUAUUGUUAAACGUCCCCUUCGGACGAGAGACUCCUUGAUCAUAAAAACGGUACCGUUGAAAUGUUUUGAGCCUCCAUGGGUCCGCUCGGACAGGACCGCAAGAAGGUGUAAACAUACCCGCCUCUUCGCCUCUCCCUUCGCAGAUGCUGGUAGCUCCUCCACGAUUAUCAACUCAUUUUUAUAUCAGAUAAACAUUGUUAUUGGAAUUACAGGUAUUUGUGACCAUGGCCAAUUAUCUUCGCAUAUGGGAUGACUGGGAGUUUUGGGAGGAGGAUGAGGAAUUUGAGGCAGCCCAAGAAAUUGUUGCUCGUAGACGUCGCAGGAUUGUUAAAGAUAGGAUGAACCCCUUCACUUCAAUGAGUGACGAGGAAUUCAUCGACCGGUUUAGGCUCCGAAAGGAUUCCACUCAUGAUCUCAUUGAAGAAAUCAAGGAUGAUCUUGUAGCAACAACAGAUUCCAGUGGCUGCCCCGUCCCACCAUACCUGCAGUUUCUCAUUGCAAUGCGGUGCAUGGCUACCGGCGAUCACCAAAGAACUGUAGCUGAUUGCCACGAUGUGUCGCAGACAACAGUCAGUGAAUGCCUGAAGACUGUUUCAAGAGCAGUUGCCAGUAGGAGUAGGAAUUACAUCUGUCCUCCCUCUGGCAAUGAUCAGCACCAGUGUAUACAGGCAUUCUAUGAUAUUUGGGGUAUGCCAGGUGUUGUAGGGGCCAUUGAUUGUACGCACAUUGCCAUUUUAAAACCAUCAGUACAAAAUUCUGAAUUAUUUCGUUGCCGAAAAGGUUUCUUUUCCAUCAAUGUUCAAGGUGUGUGUGGGCCAGACUUGCUAUUCCAUAAUAUUGUUGCUCGAUGGCCUGGAAGUGUGAAUGAUAGCAGAAUUUUUGAAAAUAGUCGGCUGUAUGCAGAUUUAGAAUACAAUCUAAAUCCUAGAUACCAUCUACUUGGAGCUGCUGCUUAUGCAUUAAAAAGAUUUGUUCUCACCCCAGUAUCGGCUCCAAGGGAUGCCCAUGAGAGAGCAUAUAACAUCAGUCAUUCCCAGACAAGAAAAGUUAUUGAAAGAGCAUUCGGUGUCUUGAAAAGAAGGUUUGGUUAUCUUGGAAUGAAAAUGAGGACUGAUUUAGACACCACUAAAGCCAUUAUUGUUGCAUGUUUUGUGAUGCAUAAUAUUGGGGUAAAAAGUAAAUUGGUUUUACCUGAUGAUCUAGAAGAUGACAACCAAAUUAAUGUUCCUAACAGAAUGGCUGAAAAUGUCCAAGAAAAUGAACAGGCAACACGCAAAAGGCAGCAGAUAAUCAGAGAUCAUUUUUAAGCUUGUUGCCUCAGUGCUGUAGAGCAGCAUUAGUUACCUUUUCCUACCACAUCAUUCUCUGUAGACAGGUGUAGGAUUUCCCACACCCUUAAUAAUGUGUAACAUAGUUGUUCCUUUAUGGUAAGAAAAAAAUAAAGCAUUGAUUCUUUGCAUUUUAUUAUUAAAUAACAUCAUGAUAAAACAAAAAAUCUCCAAGAGAGGAAACAAAAAAAAAAAAAGCAGUGUUACAUUAUUUAUUGUACUAGCAAUUUUUGUUCUCAUUUUCAAGUUUUUUCAAGGCUAUCUGUAAGAGUACCUCAGCCUCCUUCUUCCGUAUCUCCAUAUCCUGUAUUUGCAAAUCUAAUAAAUAUUCUUUUUUCCUCAUCA